AAGAGGGUGUUUGACAGUCCACCUGCAGAAAUUAGUGGGAAAGGUUUGAAGACACAACUAAGAGAUUUUGGUGCAGAAAGGACGCCAGACGUCGGUGGACAUGCGCGUUUUCCGGUAGAUGCUGUUGGAAACCUACAUAACUGGCACAAAAAAAGUAUAUUCUGGGAUCUGCCAUACUGGGAGGAUCAUUUGCUAAGGCAUAAUUUAGAUGUCAUGCACAUUGAGAAGAACUUUUUUGACAACCUCAUGAACACGAUCCUUAACGUUCAAGGUAAAACAAAGGAUAAUUUGAAGUCAAGACUGGAUUUAGUUGAUAUAUGUGAUCGUUCAGAACUUCAUGUUGAUGGGAAUGGUAGGGCUCCUUUUCCCAUAUACCGACUUGAUGCAGAGGGAAAAAAUGCGUUCUUCGAUUGGAUUUCAAACGAUGUGGAGUUUCCAGACGGUUAUGCAUCUAAUUUGCGUAACUGUAUCGACAGAAAGGAAGGAAAGUUUAUUGGUUUAAAAAGUCACGAUUGUCAUGUGUUGAUGCAGCGCUUACUUCCGUUUGCUUUCAAGGAACUAUUACCACGAAAUGUUCAUGAAGCAAUAGCAGGGAUAAGUGCUUUCUUCCGCGAUUUAUGCGCCAGAUCAGUGACUCUUGAAGGUAUUGAAAAUCUGAAGACUAACAUAGCCAUGAUUCAGUGCAACCUUGAGAAGAUAUUUCCUCCCUCAUUUUUUGAUGUUAUGGAGCAUCUUGUUAUUCACCUGGCAAGAGAAUUGGAACUUGGUGGUCCUGUGCAGUAUAGAUGGAUGUAUCUGUAUGAGCGGUAUAUGUUCCAUUUGAAGAAGAUGGUGAAAAAUCUAAGUAGGGUGGAAGGUUCUAUAGUCGCACAGAUGAUCAAUGAAGAAAUUUCAAACUUUGCUGAGUACUACUUUCCAGCAGAAGUUCAGACCAAAAACAGAAGACCUGCACGGCACGAUGAUAGAGGCGAACGGGCAACAUACCAUGUUACGGUUCCUGACAUUUUCACAGAUGUUGGACGACUUAGCGGAAAAUCAAAGGACCGUCGACUUACUGAGCAGGAGCGCAGUCAUUUGCAAACAUAUUUGCUCACCAACUGCGAAGAUGUUCUUCAAUAUGAGAGGAUUUUCAUGGCAGAAAAGCGGUUCGAAUAUAGAUACGCUACAGAGGCAGAACUAGAAGAAAUGAAGCAAAGAGAAUUUGCUGGAUGGAUGUUUACUUAUGUGUCUGCUGGUUUGGCCAGAGGUGAAACAUUUGACGAUUGGAUACGCGAGAUGGUGGUUGGACCAAACUAUGUUGUGAAGUCAUAUCCGAGAUUUUGUACUCGAGGAUAUGCAUUCACAACUGAAAAGACGAAACGUUCGCGUACGACCUAUGAUGCUGGCGUUUGUUCUGCAUCGGGAGAUGAUGUAUACUACGGACACAUACAUGAGAUUUUGGAAAUCAAGUAUUUAGGCCUGCUUGGAUUGCGCUGUACUGUUUUCUAUUGUGAUUGGCACGACAUCACUCCAGAUCGAGGUGUGAGAACAGAUGCAUUUGGUGUUACAUCAGUUAAUUCGAGACGAAAGCUGCAAUAUUAUGAUCCUUUCAUUCUUGCUUCUCAGGCCGAUCAGGUUUGUUAUAUCAAGUACCCCCGGAUAAGAAACAGAGAUGAUCCAUGGGUUACUGUUACCAGACUCAACCCGAGAGAGGAACAUACCCACUCUCGACAGCGUCGUGGUCGAGGUGGUUCGGGGAGCGGCUCCAUUUCGGGUUCCGCAUCGCCGUACAGUUCCUACCAGACAUCUCCUUCUCCAUUUCCCUCUCAUUCUCCUCCCGCUCCCGGUGUGGCACCCACUCCUGCUCCUGCUCAUGCUCCUGCUCAUCCGGCACUUCUGAGAGUUGCGGAGUUUGUUCGACAGCCGGGUCGUGACCAUCUUCCAUAUCUCACUCAGUAUCCACGUGGACAGGGUCAGACAUGGUUUGACCGAUCCGGGAACGGGAUCAGCGGAUGGAUCAACAGUAUGAUGUACUCGUCUCUCGACAAUGGACAUCCGACUUUCACCGACUUCCCUCUCGAGAAGCAGCAUAUGUGGUUUCAACAGUUUGCGCAACAAUUCAACUGGAAUGCCGAUGAUACGUUGUUUAUCUAUUACCACUUCGUCCAUAAAGUUAUGGACAACUAUGGGAAGCAGAUGCACUCGUGGAAGAAGAAGUGGGAAAUAAACAAGGUUCCAAAGGGGAUGGACCCGACGGUCUGGCGGGAGUUGAGUGAGCAUUGGAGUAAGAACGAAGUCAGAGCAACUUCUUCCACCAACUCCACCAACCGCAAGAGCGACCGUAAGGGAAAGGGCAUGUACGUCCAUAACUUGGGUGCUCAGUCUUUAGCCAGUCUGGGAGAUCGCUUGGCGCAAGAAAAUGAGGGGGAGCCGGUUGAUCAUCUCCGCCUAAUAAAGACGGCGUAUACCAACAAGAAGACCGGCGAGAUUGAUGAUGGUGUUGUGAGGGAUGUGGUCACCCUCAUCGACAGUCAGAUGGAACAGGAAGUGUCUCAGCUUCAAACCGAGGAUGACGAUUCGACGGGAUCGACCGGCUUGCCUCGGGUUCGGAUCAACCAAAUCGUUGAAGCGUCGGUUCCAAAGAAGAAGGGCCGUUUGUUCGGUUUGGCUCGUCGGUCUCCCUCGGUUCCGUCUGCUUCUGCACCACCACCGUCCUAUGUUGAUCAAGAAGUCCUUCUGAGCCAGAUGAGGGACAAGGAUGCUCGCAUAUCUGCGCUGGAGUCCAUGGUGGCGAGUCAAGAGGCGGGCUGGGAGGCACAGAGGAAGCUGAACGAGCAAAUGAUGGCGAUGAUGAGGAGCAUGAACCCGAACGCCAACGUCGACUUCCCGAACAUGCCAGACCCGGACUUCCAAACCCCGUAG